AUAUUUUGGCCCCCUUCACUGGACCAGAACCUUAGAAAGGUGGUUAUACCAAAUGGGUUUAAACGGUUUAGAUGGAUUAGGGUUUCGCAAGCCUUCUAAAACCCUACAGAGUCUCGCUGUUAAUUAUAUCUUGUGAAUUUGGUUCACAAUACUUGGCGUUUUGAUCAAGCCGCAGCAGCGUGAAAAAAAAAAAAAACAUUUUUCUACUCUUAAUUUUCUAAGGCUCGCGAUUUGUGCCCAGUGAAUCAUCUGAACUGUUGAUUUAGCCCCACAAUUGAACUUCCUCCAAGGAAACCAUGGAUGCGGGUGUGAAGAUGGCAGUUGUGGUCAAGGUCAUUGGCCGUACUGGAUCAAGAGGUCAAGUUACACAGGUUCGAGUGAAGUUUCUGGAUGACCAGAAUCGUCUCAUUAUGCGAAAUGUGAAAGGUCCUGUCAGAGAAGGUGACAUCCUUACUCUGCUGGAAUCUGAAAGAGAAGCAAGGAGACUGCGGUAAUUAUGUUUUUGUAUCAUCGUAUAUGGAUUUGGACUAUGGGUGGAUUAGCUUGUGACACUUUUUCCAGUUUUUUGCCAUGAAGAGAGGCCACAUAGUAUUACCGGAGUUUAUUGCAAAGUUUUUUACUGGUUUGGUUUAUUGGACGAUAAUUAUAAUUAUUGGCUACUCCUCUUGAUUUGAAAUCAAGAAUAUCAUGUGGUUUGCUGGAAGCGUACAUUGAUCUGUGAUCAUGAUUGUUCCCUUGACGAACCUAUUACCUUUUUUUCCUUUUUGCAUAUCAAAUAUGUAUACAGUUUACAGAAAUAACAAGUUUUGUGCUUUUGAGGUGUUUUUGGCCUUGCAUACCUGUAAACUAUCCUCCUAAAUUCCUAAUAAUACUGUUCUAUAUUACUGAUU